AUGAAGGUCUACUCCUGGUUAGCUUUGGCCUCUGCGCCUCUUGCUAUGGCCAACAAGGUCCAGAAUGCCUACCCGGACAACGCUGCCCGAACAGUGGAACUGGAGAUGGAUGAGCGAAGCAUCGCCAUUGCCAGCGGCAUGGCUGGUCACGGCAUCACUGCCAACGCUCUGACCGAGAUCAUCAUCAUCUGGGCCAACCCUGGUGGCGGUGCCGCUACCACCACCUACAACCAAAAGGUCACCGUCACCGAGACCGUGACUGUUGGAGGACAGACCUCAACCGCUGCCGCUGCCGGUGCUACCCACACCGUCACCGUUGGAGGAGCCGCUGGCCUUGUCUACUCUCCUCCUCAGCUCAACAACAUCCCCGUUGGUGACACCGUCAUCUUCGAGUUCCAGUCCAUGAACCACACCGUUACCCAGUCUGCUUUCGACACUCCUUGCAAGAAGCUCGAUGGUGGUAUGGAUUCUGGCUUCCAGGCCAACCCCAACAACACCAUCUCUCCUGCUCCCCAGGUUGCUAUGCAGGUUAUGGCCUCUACUCCUCUCUGGUUCUACUGCCGACAGAAGGGCCACUGCGGUAAGGGCAUGGUGUUCUCCAUCAACCCUACCGCUGCCAAGACCCAGGCUCAGUUCCAACAGCUGGCUAUUGCUCAGAACGGCACUGGUGCUGCUACUCCCAUCACUGGUGGUUCCAGCUCUGCUGCUCCCGCUCCCCCGCCUGCGCAGUCUGCUCCUCCUGCUGCCGCUCCUCCCCCGGCCGCUCCUCCCGCUCAGUCUGCCCCCCCUGCUGCUGCUCCCCCUGCUGGCGGAGACAACAGCAUCCAACCCGGCAAGGGAACUGUUGGCGCUGAUGGUAGCUGCUCUUGCUUCGUCCAGUGUGCCCCUGGUAGCUUCCCCGUGAAUGCUGCCCAGGGUGUUGGUGCCCACGGUGGCUGGGGUGGUGCUCUUCCCAUGAACAUGGCUGCCAUGUCAUAA